ACCGAAUGAGCGGGGUUACUGGUAAUGACAGGACCAGAAGAGCAGCGGGGUGAGGCGGGCACUCAAGUUAAAGAAACCAAGUGCCUUCCUCGACUCCGCGUCGAGCUGAACAACUGACACAUCAACCUGCGCCUUUGUUUUCGGACAGCGACUGCUCGUUGCUACAGCUAACCGUACCGACCCUUUUUAGAGUAGAAAACGUAGAAAGUAAAAUCUUAAAUAAUUAACAUAAUGUUUUGACGCAGCCAAAUUGUCCCGAUAGUGGGAUUAUAAGCAAAGUGAAUCGAAUUGAUCAGUCGCUGUAAGAGGACGUUUGAGGAAUUGAGGAGAGUACACAUGUCGUCUGCAGCAGAGUCGGUAGAAAAUGCCUCCAUCAUUUCAGAGAGUGCGUCCCACGAUGGAAAUCGCUUGUGGAUAGGCAACAUUGAUCCCAAAAUCACAGAGUAUCACCUGGUGAAGCUGUUGGAGAAAUUUGGCAAGGUGAAACAGUUCGACUUCCUCUUCCACAAAUCUGGGCCUUUAGAGGGACAACCGCGAGGGUACUGCUUUGUCAACUUCACCACCAGAGAGGAGGCAGAAAGAGCGAUCCAGUGUUUAAAUGGGAAGCUGGCCUUGUCUAAGAAGCUGGUCGUGCGCUGGGCACACGCACAGGUGAGGAGGUUUGAGGGUUUUCGUAACGACAAGACAAUGCCUCCUAGCCUCGAACCGUCAUGUAGCGGCGCAGCAGAGGACGGACCCAUAUCAGCCAAUCACCUCAGCACAAGUGCUAAAAUCCGCGCCAUCGAGGCCAAGCUCCAGAUGAUGGAGGAGAACCCAGAAGAUGACUACUCGGGCCCCUCGGCCUACGUUUACAACAAACCGCCGGAGAAGAAACGCUGGGAGCCCUAUUCUAAAUCACACCACAACAACCAGAGCAGGCCCUUCCGCAAGUUUAGAAGAUAACCCCACGCUCCUGCUCAUUCUGACCC